AUGGGCGAGUCGAGUGCGAGUUCCGACAGUCUGGACGACAUUGCCACGGCGCGGUCACUUUCGCCGCCGUUUUCGACUGCGGGGGAGCCUGAGCCGCCACCUGGUGCGGGGGCGCGGCCGAGGGCGCCGCCGAGAUGCAAGAAGCGUCCUGCGCCGGCGCCGCCGCCUGCACUCGUCCGCCAGUCGGUCGAUAGCCCCGUUUCUGGGUCGGGGUCUCAUCAUGCCAGGAAUCUAGCCCAAGCCCUGGUCCUUGCAGACGAAGACGCUCGCAGCGACAUCUCUGCGGCGGCGUGA